AGUAACUUCAUGUUUUAUGAUAUUUGUUUUCGUGUCAAAAUUUAUGUUUAUGAUUCACUUUUUGAAAAACCAUAUGAUGAAUUAUCAAUAAAACACAUCAGGUAGAGAUUACUAGAUAAAUUGAAGAGCAACUGCAAUUUUUACAUAUCAUUUUCACGUGUUGCCAGAUUAUCCAGCAUUCUAGAUUAAAAAAGCGUGUUAAAAAGAGUAGAUAAUGGAAAAUGGAAAUGUAAACAGGGAUCAAAGCACAAAUUAUAAUAUAAAUUGGUCCAGAUUUGGACUAGGCACAGAAACUGCACAAAGAGUUAGAGCAAACACAAGUGGAUUUGUAGAUUUAUCAUCAGACUGUGAUUAUGGUGGGGGUGGUCACCAAGCCUCAUCAGCAAAUGAACUUUUUGCAGAAGAACAGGGAGAUGUACCUUGGUGGAAAUCAAACUUUUUCAUAUCACAACCAGUGUUAUUUGGCACCUGGGAUGGUGUUUUCACAUCAUGCUUGAUUAACAUAUUUGGUGUAAUUGUUUUUUUACGAUCUGGAUGGAUUGUUGGACAAGCAGGAGUAGCUAGUGCUGUUAUUGUUGUUUUAUUCACAGUAUUUACAGCUUUAAUAUCGGUAUUAUCAGCUGUUGGUAUAUGUGACAGAUGUAGGAUAGAAAGUGGGGGAGUUUAUUUUGUGAUUGCACAUACAUUGGGAUCAAGAUUUGGUGGAUCCUUGGGGUUACUGUACUGCUUUGGACAGGCUGUUGGAUGUGCACUAAACGUGCUAGGAUUUGGUGAGUCGAUAGCCCAGCUUCUGGGUUUCGGGGAUUCCAAAUGGGCAGAUCAGUUGAUAGCAAUGGCAGCUGUGUUGCUUCUAAGCGUCAUAAACGUAGCUGGAGUGAAGUGGGUCAUAAAGCUUCAGUUCGUUCUGUUACUGAUCCUACUACUAGCUGGUCUUGACUUUAUGGUGGGCAGCUUUGUACAUACAGAUGAAGGUCAAGGGUUUGAGGGGUGGCUGAGUGGGAAUUUGGAGAAGAACAUGUGGUCAAACUACCAGGAAGAUUACAGCUGGUUCAAGGUGUUCGGUGUUUUCUUUCCUACAAUCACGGGAGUUUUGAGCGGUAUUAACAUGAGUGGGGAUUUGAAAGCUCCCUCUACAAACAUUCCAAAUGGUACUCUAGCAGCAAUUGGAUUUGGCACUUUCCUCUAUUUGGUAUUCGUCAUAUUUUUAGGAGCUACUUGCACUAGAGCCGCACUACUUGCCGAUUUCACAAUCACCGCUAAAGUGUCUGUCAUUAGAGUGUUGCUGCUAGCAGGACUAUAUGUUUCUUCAAUGUCUAGUUGCUUAGGAGCUAUGUAUGGAACGCCAAGAGUGCUGCAAAGUAUAGCUCUCGAAAACGUCAUACCUGGAAUUGAUAUACUGGGACUCGGGCGAGGCCCCAACAAAGUGCCUUUAUACUCAAUGGCGGUUGUCGCUGUGGUGACAUUCACAUUCAUCUUUAUUGGCGAAAUCAACACCCUGGCACCAAUAGUAACCAUGCCCUUCCUUCUCACCUAUGCUGCCAUUGACUACGCUUACUUCGCACUCGCGCAGACUUUUGAUAUACAGCACCAAAGAGAACAGAGGUUUCAUAGGCCUAGGGUUCAGCAUCAGGUAUCUAGUGAUGAUAGCGAUCUGGACAGAUUGUUUCCUGAGAGGACCAGGCAUAAGACCUUGAGGGGAGAUUCAGGUACUCCAAGCGGAUCGGAAGAAACAGGUGAAACAUCCCCAAUAUCUCCAAAGCUCAAUAUCCAUUCCAAACAGAACAGCUGGUAUUCAAAUUUGUGCAACAGAUGGCUGUCACUUUUUGGAGCUAUGUUGAAGAUACUAAUAAUGAUGCUAGUCAACUGGUACUACGCUUUGGCAUGUAUCAGUGUGGUGUUUUUAGUCUGGUUGUAUAUAGGGACAGCGAAUCCGGCAGUGAAACCUGGCUUAGCAUCUGAAUUCCAUUUUUUGAGGUGGCUGAAGAUUGUUCUGCUAAGGGCCCUGGGCCGACGGGUGAUAGACUAUGAACAAAUAGUAGUGUCUCCAGUGGACCCUAGUGUGGACGUUACUCCAUCUCAGCUGAACGAAGACAACCAGGACUUUGCAAACAGGAGGAGGUACCACCAGUCAGCAACGAUUCACGGGCACAUGGUCAAUAUAGAUGACUGACAGUUACUGCAACAAUCGGCGGAAUAUUGCUAAUAUUUAUUUGUUUUUUGGACUGCAGAUGGUACGGAGAUAGCCCGUCGAAAGCGCGCAAGAUAGUAGCUCAGCUGUGAGAUUGCAUGGAUCGCUUAAGCUCACUCGAAGUUUCCACGUGUGUACGAACAUACCGUAAAAAAAGAGUUGAAAUCAUAUAUUUUCUAGUAUCUAUCAAUCACUAAAUGGUGUAUUUGUGGGAAUCCGAUAAAGCAUCCAGGUUUUAUGUUACGAUGUUUUUUAGAAAAAAUUAAAGAGCUGUUUUACAGCAGAAUUAUACUCUUGAGGAUAUACCCAAAAGCCCUUCAUCAAGAAAUACAAAGGUUUUGGCGACGAACUUUUUUAUUAAACGUCAAAGUUGGUAAAAUCACUUUUCCACAUAUACUCGAAUAGUUAUGAAUUAUUGGUGCAAGUGAUCUAAACAAGUUGUAACCGAUAAAAAUACCUUCAGAAUGAGACUUUACAAGACCAAUUUAAUUUGUUAUAAAAAAUUAUAAAAAAACCGUCGAUUUCUACACUUCGGAAAUACCAUAAGAGUAAAUCUGAAAUUUUAGCCAAAAUUUGAAGUCCUUGAGGCGACUACAGUAGAAAAAUCAUCCGAAGUGCUCAACUGACUCUGCAAAUUCAAGAUUUUUUGUUUGUAUUUUUUUAAAAGUUGCCUUCUUCAAAUGGCCUCAUUGUACCCAUUUUCUUGCUACGGACUAUUUAAAAUUGUAUUAAAAGCUUUUUUUCAUACUAACCAUGUGAAAAACCAUCUAUUUGUUUUGGCUGUCGCAAUUAGAAUGCUUCGCCACUGAAAAACUUAUAAAUAUAAAGUUCGGCAAACAUGUUUGAACAGUAGUUCGAAAUAGUGUCCCUUUUGGAAUACCGACUAUACUCGGGUACCAAAAAGGAUGAGAGAGGUACGCCACUGACAGCGCGGUAUGUCUUUGAAAGUGGCGGAAUUCGUGCGCACCGACUUGAAGACACGUUGCGCCGCAGUGGCGUGCGAUAUGUUUUGCUGCUCACUUCCUUUUCGGUACCAGAGUAUAGCAGUCAUUAAAAUUAACUAAUUUGUCUACCAUGCCUCUUAAUUCAAGCCGCGAUACAAGACAUAAAUGUUGAAUGCAAAAUUGAGAAAAGAAAGAAAUCAAAUAUAAACUACUGCUCCUAAAACACGUGUGUAGUCGCAAUAUGGCAGGCAGUCCCUAGUGAGUAACGGUACUACGAUUUCUUCAAGAACAAAUGUUACUUAAGCCCACAAAUAUUCAAAAGAAGUUCUUUUUUGUGUCAAGGUGUGUAUUUUGAUCAACUUUUCAGUAUCUACUGAGAGUCUUAAUUACGAUUCUCAAAAAGCAACGGACUUAUUUAGUUGAUAAGAUAUAUGUACCAUUUGAGUAACCCAAUGUAGCUGGACAUCUUUUUUUUGCACAUGAAACAAGGAAUUUUUCUCGAAAAAAAAAAUAGUAAUAAUCAGACAUUUGUAGGAGCCGUUAAUUUUUGAAUGACCUUGUUCAAUAUUAAGCAGCAAAAAGGCUUCAACUCAUGGCUAUUAUAUUAUUAUAUUUACCAUUAGGCAUAUUCUGGUCAAAAAUAAGUGUAGAAAACGACGAUUUUUGUCUUUUUUGUAAUAACAAAUUAACUGUUGCAGCGAUGUAAGGCCUCAUUCUGGGCCUGUCUUCAUCCUCUACAACUUUUUUGAACCACAUACUCUAAUAACUCAUUACUAUUAUUUAUAUGCGAAAGAGUGUCAAACUUUGAUGUUUAAUAAAAUAGUUGCCCGGCAAAUUUUUUUUUAUAUCUCAAUGGUCUUCAAAUACAGUAGUGGUCAAAAAAAUAAGAGUGCACAUUUUGAAAACCAAUAAUUAAAUGUCAUAUAUAAUUGCCACUUAAGCAAUCCAAUCUUAUGCAAAUUAAGAAUAUUGUUUUCUCUUUUAAAAUACAAUGAAAAUAUUAAUAAUGACUUGAAAAAUAAAAGUUCAAUUCAGAUUUUGUGAAAAUACAAGUAGUCAAAAAAUAAGAGUAAAUUUAAACAAUAGAUAAAACAGACAGAACACUGCAUUUAAUUAACAUAUUUUUAUUUCUAAUUAACGAGUAUUUUUAGUACUUGGUAGUGUAACCCUUGUUCUUCAGGCCAGCACCACAUCUGCUUGGCAUUGAAUCCAUAAGUUUGUGGCAGGUUUCCGGAGGUAUUGAAUGCGAGGUUUUUUGAACUUCUUCCCAAAGUAAAUUUUGGUUUGUUGUGGUUUUGUGUGAUAUUCGAUGCUUUAAUUCCUUCCAAAGAUUCUCUAUCGGAUUCAGGUCGGGAGACUGCCGAGGUCACCGCAAAACUUCAAUUUUCUUCGACUGGAACAACUGUUUUACUACCUUUGCUGUAUGCUUAGGACCAUUAUCCUGUUGAUAGAUCCAACUUAGUGGGAUAUUUUCCUUAGCAUAAGGUAGCAUAACAUUCUCCAUGAUUUGUAAAUAAAUUUCCUUGGCCAUAUUUUCUUUUAUCCAAAAAAAUAGGUCCAACGUCGUAUGAAAAGCAACCUCGUAUUUUGAUAUAUUAUCCGCCAUGCUUAAUCGUUACUAUUAUGUAGCGCGGAUUAAAAUACUCUUAUUUUUUUGUCCACAAAAUCUCCGAUACCUGAUAGAACUGAAUGGCCUUGACAUUCGAUAUGUGUAUUUUAUCAGCGUGUAAAGCAUAAAUCUUUAUCUUAUAUAAUGCACUAUCUAAGAAAAAAAUUACUCACCUUGAUAAUUUGGUUUUUACAUAACAUUUUAGAUAUUAAUUUUUUGACCACCACUGUAUAUUCACAAAAAUAUCACUCUGUUGCAAAACAGCUUAUAACAAUUUUUCUGUCUAAUUCUUGAAAAUCUGGCAUAUAAGCUAUGGUUUCAGUCAUUGUUGCUUUUUCCUCGGCUUAGCAAGACUCACUUUCGUAAUUACUGAUAUAAGAAAAAAUCACUGGCGCAUUUUGUGUACUUAUUUUUUGGUACGGGAUAAUUUCUCAUUUUAAUGUAUUAGUUUCAUGUUGGGCUCAAAAUAUAGUAGCAUCUGCAUUUCGACCUUUUGUUAUGUAACAUUGUGAUAAAUAAUUUUUCUAUCUCCACAAACACAGGUUGUGUAGAGAUGUAAUUUGUAAAUGGAAACGUAUAAUAAUGAUGAUAAUAAAGAUAGCAUAAAAUCAUAGUUGUCGUCAUUAGAUUAAAAAUAAAAUUUGGUUGAAAAAAGGAGUCCAAAAAGUCACAUAUAGAGGUUAUAUGUUUUGAUUCUAAAAUUUUGCAAAAGUGUUAUGAUUACUAAUUUAUUACCCAAAUAUUCCAUCUAAGAAUAUGACGUCUGUUUGCUUUAAGUAAAAUAUAUCUGUGACGUACACUUUGAGAAUUCACAUGGGACAUAAUAACGUGGAAGUAAGGCGGACUCUAAGGCGAUAUUUUCGACACCUAUUCAAUUUUUUAUCAUACUUAAGUUUAUUUCAGUGACUCAUUUUCACUAUGAAAUGCUUGUUUUUUGGUUUUCAGUCAUAAAUUUAUCCUAAUACUUUUAAUUCAAUGUUUAUCCGCGAAUACCACCUUGAACUGGCACUGGCACUGUGAAGACUACAUACUAUUUUUUGCAACUCGGUUAAAUGCAUUUUGUAUAUUUUUAUGGUGCAAUUUUAUUCUAACAUUUUACUACUAGUGUGAGUGGUUCAUAUCUUAUUUUGUCCGUUUUGUGCCUUGGCAUUUUUUAAAGUUUUAUGGAACAAAAUAAUCUUUAUGAAUGUUUAAUAGAAUGUACAGGAUCUCAUUCUGUUUUGGACUGAUUUUAAAUGCCUAUAUUCUCUGAACAUUAUACUUGUACAUAGUCUUUAAUAAAAUAUACACAUAUCUA